AUGGCCGCCGACAAGCCCCUCUUCAGCAUCCCCAUUCCCGCGCUGGGCGCGCACCCCGGCGGCGCCAUCACGGCGACCCAGCCGUCGGCCGGCGUCUACCUCCUCACCUGGGUCUCGCCGCCCGACAACCGCCUCACGACGCCCUUUUGCCGCGCCCUGCUCGCAGCCCUCGACGUCAUCGAGUUUGGCGGCUACGCGCCCGGCGUCGUCGUCACCACCAGCGGCAUCCCCAAGUUCUACUCCAACGGGCUCGACCUCGAGCAUGCCAUCACGACCGAGGGCUUCUGGGCGCUGUUCUACGAUGUCUGGCGACGCUUCCUGACCUUCCCCAUGCCCACCAUCGCCCUGCUCAACGGGCACACCUACGCCGGCGGCCUCAUGCUCGCCACGGCGCACGACUACCGCCUGGCCCCCGCCCCCAAGGGCUUCCUGUGCCUCAACGAGGUCCUCUUCGGCGCGCCCCUCAAGCCCGCCAUGGCGGCCAUCUUCCGGCACAAGCUCACCCCGCAGGCCUACCGCACCGUCGCCCUCGAGGGCCGCCGCUUCUCCGGCCCGCAGGCCGUCGACGCCGGCAUCGCCGACGCGCUGGCCCCCAACGGCGUCGCCGACGCGCUCGCCUUCGUCAAGGAGCGCGACCUCCUCGAGAAGCCCAAGGCCGGCGUCUACGGCACCAUCAAGGCGGAGAUGUACAAGGUGCUCGUCGCGGAGAUUAACGGCGCGGGGCUCGCGGCCGAGGAGAAGCGCUUCGACGAGGAUCAGCGGCGCGAGGCCGACCGGAGGGAGUUUGGCAAGGUGUGGUACGAGCAGUGGGCCAAGGACAACAAGGCCAAGCUGUAA